AUGGCUUCACAAAUCCAUAAUCAAGGUCAAAUCAGCUAUUACAAUAUGUUUGAAACCUCAAAUGGGGAAAUUUUAAUGAAGCAGGAGAGUGUUCUUUCAAAGUACACGGUGAAGCACGAUGAAGAUUGUUACUUUAAGUGUUUAGAAAACAAAAAUUGCCUCUCGAUGAAUGUUAUUCCUUUGGUUGGUUCUGGGUUCCUCUGUGAAAUAUGUAAUUGGACAGGAGCAGACUUCAAGACUCAUCUCGCUUCAAAGCCAGGUGCUAGAUUUUUACAACUUCAGACUGCCUGUUUCCCUAACCCUUGCCAAAAUGGUGGUAAGUGCAUCUCGAAGGAUGGAGGAACUAACUACACCUGCACAUGUGCCGCMGUYAAUCAUAUUGGAAGAAAUUGCCAAAACAAAAAAUGCAUAUUAUUUGACUUUGAAUCUGGACGACUCGACGGCUGGACUAGGACAGGAACAGCAUUCAAAAAUCAGCCAACUUAUGGAGAUAAUCCUAAGGAAAGAAAUCGAGAGACUUCAAACCUUACAGGGAACUGGUGGAUAGGGGGAUUUGAAAAUAGACCCAGUCCAUCUCAUGCAGCCGGAGCUACACAGGGUGACCUUCUUACGGGUACACUGUCGUCACCAAAGUUUGAAAUUAUUGGAAGCGCGUUGACAUUUUUCAUUGGUGGAGGUCAAUUAGAAAGUGAACGCCUUGAGCUGUUAAUUAACGGAUCAGUGGUUUCCAAGGCGAKAAGCUCGGCAAAUUCGGAAACUAUGACCAAGAAAUCGUUUGAUGUUUCAAAUCAYCGUGGAAAAAUUGCCCAAGUUCGAAUUGUUGAUGAAUCCGAUGCAAUUUGGGCCCAUGUCAAUAUUGAUCACGUGCAAGACAACUGUAUGAUAUAAGGCAGUGUAGAAUAAUAACAAUAUUUCAAUCUUCAGUUGAAAGGACUAAAAAGAGCUUUUCCAUCGCAGUUGAAAACAAGCUUACAAUUCMAGGGAUUCUAAGGGAUUUUAAAGGAAGCCGCGAAUCCAGUCAAAGGAGCAAGCUACACAUUAGGUAUUCUGCUAAAAAACUUUGAAAAGGAUUCACAGAUUUCUUGCCAAAAACAGAUCCGUUUUGUAUAAUUUGACCUAUCAGGCAAUUUAYAUUAUAUAAAUGACCAUUGUAUAUCCUAUGCUAAUAGUUUACUAGAUAAUUGCUUCUCUAGGAUACAUUUUCCGAUUAGAAGAUGCUAAUAUUUCGGAGGAAGCCAGAGGGAUGUUGGGCGAGUAAUUAUGCCUGUUCUUAUUUGAUCUUAUGCCCCAGCCAGCAGAUAUAUGUCCUCAAUGAUUGCCAGUCAUAAACCAAUGGCUUUUUAAGAAGAGUGAUAGGUUAAASAACUGCAUUUAGAGUGACUGAAGAUCAGAGGUUCAACUUUUGGAAAAAAUAAAUUCACAGGGAACUCGCCAAGAAAAWAGAAAGUGCAAAAAGAAACGAUUAUUUUACGGGCAUCUGAAUAGACUGAAGUGUAGAGACAGAACGACGCAAGACUAUAAGCAUGACAUCUCUUGAUAUAUGAUUUGUAAAUCUUAGGAAUCAUUAUGAUAAUGUAUGUAGGUCAUAUAAUCA